CCGUCAACACGGUCUUUGACUAUGCAAUCGCCUCAAGUUACGCAAAUUUGCUGUAAGAUAUAGAGUACGACUGGACUUGUGAAGAUCUUAAUUGUUUGCUCUAUAAUUGUCGUGACUUAGCACAUGCCAAGAAGAUUCAGACGUUAUUGAGAAGCACUUAUGUUUCUUUUGUUGGGGCUUUCCAUUGCAUUUCCCUCAACAUCGCAUUAUAUGUGCUUGAUAUUUUAAUGAAUUGUUGUCUGUAAGAGUUCUGUGGCGACCAAAUGGAGAAGUUUGGAUGGGUAAUACUCGCUUUGUUCUUUUCCUCUGCCGCAGCUCAAACAGGCUUUCUGAAUCUUGAUUGUGGUGCCACGCAAAAUUACACUGAUAAUGAGACAAGCAUGAACUGGAUUAUUGACUCCAAUGAAUACAUAACUGUUGGUGAAAAGGCAAAUGUAAACAACUCAAGGGUUUACUUGCAGUCUCUACGUUACUUUCCAAAGGCUGAUAAAUCUUGCUAUAGCUUGUCUGUGGAUCCUGAAACACCUUAUUUGAUAAGGCUGUGGUUUCACUUUGGUAAUUACAAUGGAAAAAAAAAUCCUCCAAGCUUCAAUGUCUCUGUGGAGACGCAGGGUAUGCUCUAUAGACAGAUGGAGACUAUUGCAGUUGCAGGAACCCAAAAUUGGGAUACUGAAAAGAUUUUGACUACUGGUUCCAAUAACAGACUAUAUAUUUGCUUUAUUCGUACAGUGGAUGGUAGUGAUAAUGAUCCUUUUGUAUCUGCAAUUCAAUUAGUGAAGCUUUCUAGUGGCAUGUAUGCACUCCAAGGCAAGAGACUGAUGCUGAAUACUGUAUCAAGAUAUGAUUUGGGUGGGAAAUCUCUUAUCAGGUACCCUACUGACGAGUACGAUCGCUUCUGGCAAAUCGACAGUAAAGGCGAUAUAUAUAACAGCAGUCUUGUUGUGAAUAGCAGCACUACAGCAGCGAUUUCUAGUGACAAUAGUAGCAGCAACAAGCCUCCUAAUGAGGUCAUGCAAACAGCAAUAGUUGCAAAAGCAAAUGUCAGUCAGUUGCUUCUAAAUGUGACAGAAGUAAAGCAAAAGACAUUAAUUGCACUGUAUUUUGGAGAGAUUGAAGCAGUGAACACCUCUCGAUCAAGGAUUUUUAAUGUUACAAUAAAUGGCAUUGCCAUUGCCACUGUAAAUUUCUCUAUGGAUAGUUACAUCAUUGAGAGAGAGGUUAGUUUGCCAAGUACACAAGCAAGAGAAGUAAUAAUAGCUCUUAGUGCAAUAAAAGGGCAGGGGAAUUCCAGCCGUGGGCCUCUCAUAAAUGCUCUGGAGCGUUAUAGCAUUAUUGACACAGAACCUGAAACUUUUGCAGAUGACGCUAGCGCACUUCAGAGUAUGAAAACUGAAUUUGGUAUAAGCGACUGGAUAUCUGAUCCUUGCUUUGGUAUUGAGUGGGAUGGAAUCAAAUGUAGCAAGGAUAAUUCAGUUCGAAUCUUAGAAAUUGAUUUGUCUGGAAAGAAUCUAUCAGGGUCCUUAAAAUAUGUGUGCAGUUUAACCAGACUGGAGAUACUACGUCUCCAGGACAACAGUUUGAGUGGUCCCAUACCAUCCUGUCUCUCAACAUUCCGUUACUUAAAAGAGCUCAACAUACAGAACAACAAUUUCAGUGGAGAAAUUCCAAAAGGACUUUUGAAUCGUAAUUUGGUUUUCAGGUCCUCUGGGAAUCCAUAUCUUGUCCAGCCCAAACGUAAAAACAAAGGGGUGAUGAUUGGAUCAAUCAUUGGCGGCAUCCUUGUUGCUCUAUUAGUCUUGAUAUCAAUGCUCGCCUGUUGUAGAAGAUAUAACGGAAAACUAGAUGCCAAUGCAAAUUCAUCGGCCAAGGCAACAAACCCUGCAAGGUCUCGAUCAUUUAGCAUGGCAGAGCUGAGGAUAGCAACACAGAAUUUCAGCCAAGCCAUUGGACAAGGGGGUUUUGGCAGCGUCUUCUAUGGUAAGUUACCGGAUGGAAACGAAAUCGCAGUGAAAGUACUAUCCGCUACAUCGAAGCAAGGACCAGGAGAGUUCAAAAAUGAGGUUGAUCUUCUCUCUAUAUUGAAUCACAAGAACUUGGUACGUUUGCUUGGCUACUGCGACUCCUCAAAAAAGCUUAUGCUUGUUUAUGAGUACAUGGGUGGAAGAUCACUCACAGAUCACCUCCAUGGUCCUUUGGCAAGCCAAUGUAUCCUAGAUUGGAAAGCUAGGAUUCGAGUAGCCCUAGAUGCAGCAGAAGGAUUGGAAUACCUGCAUUGGAGGGCCACACCAAAAAUCAUUCAUAGAGAUGUGAAGAGUUCAAACAUUCUCCUGGACGUGAAUAUGAGGGCCAAAGUUGCAGAUUUUGGGCUUUCAAAAAUUCUUCAAGAUGAUGCAAUCUCUCAUGUGACUACUACAGUUAAAGGAACAAUGGGAUACAUGGAUCCAGAGUAUUAUGGUACCAGCAAGUUGACAGAGCGAAGUGAUGUGUAUAGCUUUGGAGUGGUCGUGUUAGAGAUGAUCUGCGGGAGAAAACCAAUUGAAAAUGCAGAUUGUGAAGAAGAAAUCAACCUUGUGAAUUGGGUAAUGCUCCAUGCAGAGGCAGACCAAGCCUCUUCUCGCCGCCUCACAGACAUCAUAGAUAAGAGGUUGUCUUUGAGUGAAAAUGAGAUGGAAUGUUUCAAUUAUGUUGUUGAUCUGGCAAUUCAAUGUGUGGAUAGAGAAGGAUCCAGGAGACCCACCAUGAGUGAGGUUGUGGAAGGGCUCAAAGCGGCUAAGCUUUAUGUCGAGCCUAAAGUCAACACAAAUGCUGAAAAUACCAUGCAUGUCUUGUCUCCAGAGGAAUAUAGUAGAGCUGAUUACAGUAGCAGCCUGCUGCAUGUUGGCAGAUGACAAAUUUUUAUUUUAACUAUUCAUGAGGUUUCCCAAUGAUUCUAUGAAUAUAUAGUUUGUUGUUGGGGAAAUUCAAUAGUUCUAAUUUGUGCUCUACGAUUUGUUUGUGUUUUUAAAUGUUUAUUUUCACAAGCUUAACAAAGUUAAGCACUUGUGACAUGUUUGAACUGUAAUGUUUUUAUUUAUUGGUUCUAGUGAAUUCUUUAGGCUGAUUUAAUUAGGAUGAAGGCAAGUUCUUGCUUAAUUAUGUCAUUAAACAAAAAAAGUUGUAAAAUUGAAUCAAUAUUAUGAUUUUUGGAGA